AAAAACCCUAAAUUUGGCUUAAUCAACACCAGAAUAAGGCGCAGUCGCCCAGCGAUCACCCUCAGAUAAAAAGAAUUUCUCGUGAUAGCAAAGAGAAAUAUGUCGAUCGGAGAACUUGCUUGCAGUUACGCUACCCUGGUUCUUUUCGACGAUGGCAUUCCUGUCACGGCUGAGAAGAUUGCUACCAUUUUGAAGGCUGCCAAUGUCGAGUGUGAAUCAUACUGGCCAGGAUUGUUUGCUAAGCUUGCAGAGAAGAAGAACAUCGAAGAUUUGAUCAUGAAUGUUGGUGCUGGAGGCGGUAGUGGUGGUGGUGCCGCAGCUGUUUCUGCCCCUGCUGCUGGUGGGGUUGCAGCUGCUGCCGCUCCUGCUCCUGAGGAAAAGAAGGAAGAUCCCGAAGUGAGUGAUGAGGAUAUGGGAUUCAGCUUGUUCGACUAAAAAGUUUCCUUCAGUAUGUUUAUUCUUAUCUAUCAUUUGCAAGAGUUUGAGCAGAGCAUCUAGUAGUGCCCUCAUGAUUCUCUUGCAGUUUAAGUAGAAAGUAUUAGUAGUGUCAUGCUCUGUUUUUAGUAUAUGGUGUCAUAUUUGCGGUAUUAUACGCUAUAAUGCUAGCUGCCAGGUUACUGUCAUCAUGAUUGUUCCUAAUGAUUUGGCUUGCCUGUGUAUGACAUGUAUUGUUCUGGUAUGUUGGUUGAUCA